AUGCCCUGGACCCAGAAGACAUUCACCCUCCCCUCCAAAUCCCGGGGCUCAUACCUGAUAACCGACCACAUCACGUCCUCGCUCCCCGAGAUCCGCGAGUACAAGGUCGGCAUGCUGAACCUCUUCGUCCAACACACUUCCUGCGCGCUCUCGCUAAACGAGAACUGGGACGAGGACGUCCGCGAGGACAUGUCCGAUGCGCUGGACCGCAUUGCGCCGGCUGAUAAGAAGGGGAACCUGUACCGCCAUAGUGCGGAGGGCGAGGAUGAUAUGCCGGCACACAUCAAGUCCGCGCUCAUUGGGGCGUCGGUCAAUAUCCCGAUCUCGAACGGCAAGUUGGCGACGGGGACGUGGCAGGGGAUCUGGUACUUGGAGUUCCGGGCUAUGAGGCAUACGAGGAAGGUUGUUGCUACUAUUCAGGGCGAGAAGGAGUGA